UAGUUCAUUUUUAGUGCUAAAGUGCACCUUCUGUUUUCCUGGAUCACUAAUACCCUGUAAAUGCAGAUUGCUUAUCUCUCCGGUCUAAACCAACCACAGUGUCCCGCACACAAGGGAAAUAAUUGGUGCCAUUCCUAUUUGUGUUUUUUUUCUGCACUGGAAUUUCUAACGGCACAAUAAACGCAGUGCAGCUGACUACUCCUGUCAACCCGCGUACAGUAGCUCGCCUACCCAUGCUUUGUAAACAUACCUAAAACAGCGUUUAUUUUGGGGUUUCGAGUCUCAUAUGGAAAUUAGCAUAACACAAUCAAGUAACUGCGGAAAAGGAGGGUCCCAUGGAUGCCCCGAGCACCGGAUCUUCACCGGUCCCACGUCUGUGAUCCCUCUUCCUCUCCGUCCCCUCCGCGUGACCCCAGCGUGACCCCGCCCUCCACGGCAACCAUGGCCGGGGAGAAGGAGAGGGGCCGGCGCAAGGCGAUGGACGCCCAGCGAUUGGCCGCGCUGCUGCAGCGAGGGGCGGGGCGCGCACUGGUGAUCGACAGCCGCACCUUCUCCGAGUACAACGCCCUGCACGUGCUCAGCUCCGUCAACGUCUGCUGCUCCAAGCUGGUGAAGAGGAGGCUGCAGCAGGACAAGGUGUCUGUCACCGAGCUCCUGCAGCCCAACAGCAAGGCCAAGGUGAACCUGUGCAGGAAGCAGGAAGUGGUGGUGUACGACCAGAGCACCAAGGACGCCAGCCUCCUGUCCAAAGACAGCUUCCUCUCCAUCCUGCUGGGCAAGCUGGAGGGCAGCUUCCAGCAGGUGUUCCUGCUCACAGGGGGGUUUGCGGCCUUCUCUUCCUGUUUCCCAGGCCUGUGUGAGGGCAAGCCGGCCACCAUCCUUCCCAUGAGCCUCUCCCAGCCCUGCCUGCCCGUGGCCAACGUGGGCCCCACCCGCAUCCUGCCCCACCUCUACCUGGGCUCCCAGAAGGACGUGCUGAACAAGGACCUCAUGGCGCAGAGCGGCAUCACCUACGUGCUGAACGCCAGCAACACCUGCCCCAAGCCCGACUUCAUCUGCGAGAGCCACUUCAUGCGCAUUCCCGUCAACGACAACUACUGCGAGAAGCUGCUGCCCUGGCUGGAGAAGACCAACGACUUCAUCGACAAGGCCAAGGUGUCGAACUGCCGAGUCAUCGUGCACUGCCUGGCGGGAAUAUCGCGCUCGGCCACCAUCGCCAUCGCUUACAUCAUGAAGACCAUGGGCCUGUCGUCAGACGACGCCUACAGGUUUGUGAAGGACCGCCGACCCUCCAUUUCUCCCAACUUCAACUUCCUGGGCCAGCUGCUGGAGUUUGAGAAGGGCCUGCGUCUGAGGAAGGCCCUGUCUGCGGGGGGCGGGGCGAGGCCCCCGACCGAGUGGCACGAGGAGGAGGAGGCGGAGCCUAAGGCCCAGGAUACCAGCGCCAGCCCCGCCCAGGGGAGCGGCCACGCCCUGCGGGACCCGGAGGUACAGGAGGCGGAGCUUAAGCCGGCCUCGCCCACGUCGCUGCAGCAGGGCCUCAGCGGCCUGCACCUGUCCGCCGAGCGCAUCCAGGACACCAACCGGCUCAAGCGCUCCUUCUCCCUGGACAUCCGCUCGGCCUACGCCCCCGCCGGCUGCCCCCUGGCCCCGCCCGCCCUGGCCGUCACCCCCGCCGACCAGGACUCGGAGGACGUGCCCAAGCUGUGCAAGCUGGACAGCCCGGAGGCCUGGCAGCGCCCCCCCGCGGGAGAGAGCCCGUGCCUGGCGGAGUCGCCCGGCUCGCUGGGGGAGACGCGGGCGCGGCAGCGGCGGAAAGGGAAGCCCGCGGGCAGCGCGGGCAGCUCCCCCACCCACCCGCUCGGCCUCAGCCUGGGCCGCGGGGGCACCGGGGGCGGGGACGGGGGCGGGGUCAUGCGCAAGAGCCCCAGCCUGGACGAUAACCUGAAGGCCUCUCUCCUGCUGGCGCUGCCCGGCGUGGGCGUGGGCACGGGCGCCGUCUGGACCAAGCACAGGGACCCGGCGCAGGCCUCCACCCCCGGCACGCCCACGGGGGAGGCGCCCUGGUUCUUCGGCGUGGACCCGUCCCCCGGUGGCGGGGGGGCCGUGCGCUUCGGGUCCGGCCCCGCCUACGUGGCGUUCGGCUGCGGCGGGCGGGCGGGCGGCCGCGAGGGCGUGCGGCUGCGGGAGAAGCCCCAGGAGCGGCGGGACGGGCGGGGCAGCUGGCACGAGGACGCGCCCGGCGGGGGCGGGGCCGGCGAUAAACAGUUCAACCGGCGCAGCUGCCAGAUGGAGUUCGAGGAGGGCAUGGCGGAGUCGCGCUCCCGCGAGGAGCUGGGCAAGAUCGGCAAGCAGUCCAGCUUCUCCGGCAGCAUGGAGAUCAUCGAGGUGUCCUGACGCUCCGGCCCACUCCGGGGAGGGUGGGCGGGGUCUGGGUGGGAAGGAGGAGGAGCUUGUUUCCUGUGCGUCUCCAGCGCGGAGACCUGCAGAAAGAGCGGACCGGACUCGUGGGACGGCUCUCGCUGCGAAACGAUGCACGGCGAGAGCGCCCCCAUCAGGAAGCGCGCUGCGUUGCGGUUUGAGUUUCGGCGGCGCGGUUCCGUCAGCUUCCUGUCAUGUGGCGGUGUGACGGACUCGGCCGCCCGGGGCCUGAUGUGACUCUGACUCUACCCUGCCCUCAGUGAUGAUACGUUCUGGUACUGAACAGAUGCAAUAUUCUUAGUGAGGGAAUCUCUGCUCCCUUUAUCCUCGCGUACAUGAACUAUGAAAGAGACAUGCUGAACCACAGCACCCAACGCAACGGACACAGAGACUGCACAUGAGUUCCCAAUGAGCAAAUGUGACUGUUUUACCCGCAGUGCACCUCCCAGUGUUAACGAUGUCACGCCUGUGUGAGGUUCCAGAUGCUGCAGAUGUGCUCUGUGACGGGCGCUGCGUUGUUCUCAAGGUUUCUCCGACUCGAAGCGGGCACUGAGCAUGCUCAGAACCGCUGACUGUCAAACAGACUGAAGGACAGACACACAGGCUGCGUCCAAACAGCACUAAGCUUUAUAUGUACGUGCAUUAAGAAUUUUACUGCAAUUUCAAAUGUUUUUCUCCAUUAUAUUUUUAAUUUAUUUUAUCUGUUCAUUCUGGCAAUGAGAAAUAAUAUAAAUGUUUGUGGAUUUCUUUUUAGUUUUACUGUAUGGUAUUUAUGAAACACAAACAUGCACACACGUGAUACACAACGGCAAGCAAUACAAGGUGUUUCUCUCCUGUUUUCAUUUUUCCUCUUCUUCGCCUAUAAA